CAGUCCAGCAGAGGGCGCUAGAGGCUCAACCCUCAGUUUGACCUCAGAGUAGCAGGAAACAGCAGUAGAGCUAAGCUAAUGCUAAUAAGCUAAACAUUAAAUGCUCGUGUUAGAUAUGUUACUUAAACAAACACACCUGCCAAAAUACGUAUAAUCAGGCUAAAUUUUUUAUCUAAUUGCUGGUCAUACGACGCAACGACUAUAGCGGAGUAAAGCUGAUUCCAAACCUGCUUCUUUACGCUGAUGAAGAGAUGCAGUCUGGUGACUCUACUGGUGCAUCUGUGGGAGUAUCUGGAGUUCAGAGUCGGUCAGAAGAUGAAGAGUCACUUGGGGUAAAAGAUGUGAAGAGACCGUCAGCACAAUCUUUUGGUAGCGGAGUCCCCAAACGGAGAAGCUCGUCCAGGUCGAUAAAGAGAAAGAAGUUUGAUGAUGAGCUUGUGGAGAGCAGCCUCGUGAAGUCGUCCAGUAGAGUCAAAGGUCCUCCUCUCAUAGAACCUGUUCGGUGUUUGGGAAGUGAGCUUUCAUCUAGUGAGAAAAAAAAGGUGACAAAAUCUGGAACUCCUCUUACAAUGGUACUAAACCCUCCACCCAUGGCCAAAAGAGUAAAGAAAAGCAAGCAGCCUUUACAUAUUACCAAAGAUCUGGGACGAUGGAAACCCACAGAUGACCUACUUCUAAUUAAUGCUGUAUUACAGACUACAGACUUAACCUCUGUUCAUCUGGGGGUCAAGUUCAGUUGUCGCUUCACGUUGCUUGAAAUUAAAGAGAGGUGGUACGCUUUGCUGUACGAUCCUGUCAUCUCAAAGCUAGCGUGGCAGGCCAUGCGACAGCUUCAUCCGGAGGCAAUCGCCGCAAUCCAAAGCAAAGCUCUCUUCAGUCAGGCUGAGCAGGCAUUGCUGGCUAAGAUUGGAUCAACCAGUCAACCCAAACUGGAAGUGUUUCAGGAGCUUCUAAAUAAACACCCUGCAGUCUUUCACCCUUACCGCACACCCAAGAGCCUGCUGGUUCACUGGCAGCUCCUGAAGCAGUACUACCUACUGGAUGACCAAAGUGUACAGCCCCUCCCUAAAGGCGAUCAGGUCCUCAACUUUUCUGAUGCUGAACAGAUGGUCGAUGAUGUCAAGUUAAAGGAAAGCAGAGAUGAAGUCUUAGAACACGAACUGAUGAUUUCAGAUCGUCACCAGAAAAAGGAAAUCAGACAGUUGGAGCAGGAGCUUCCUCGAUGGCAGGUCCUCGUGGACAGUAUCACAGGGAUGAGCAUGCCAGACUUUGACAACCAGACUCUAGCAGCACUACGAGGCAGAAUGGUGCGCUACCUGAUGAGAUCACGAGAGAUUACACUGGGGAGAGCAACCAAGGACAAACAGGUGGAUGUAGAUCUGUCGCUGGAGGGACCUGCAUGGAAAAUAUCAAGAAAACAAGGAAUCAUAAAGCUGAAGAAUAACGGAGACUUCUUCAUCGCCAACGAAGGCAGACGGCCCAUCUACAUCGACGGGAGACCGGUCCUGUCGGGCAACAAGUGGAAGCUAAAUAACAACUCGGUGGUAGAGAUCGCGAGUCUCCGCUUUGUGUUCCUCAUAAAUCUGGAGCUCAUAUCCCUCAUCAAAGCUGAAGCCGCCAAGAUGACACAGCAGUGAAGGUCAGCCGACCUGUGGACGCCGUUUGGGGAUGUGGCUGCACCUCUUCUCCUGACAGACAGCCCGACGGGGGGUCCAGUGUUAACCUCUUCUGCUCAGUGUGUGAAUACUUCAUGUUGUAACUAAACAUUCUCACAGUAGAA